AUGUGGCUCUAUAGGGGAGUCCAAUCUGCGGUGUUCUACUACAUUUCCUGCACACCUUGUGGCGAUUACCAUUACAGACGGAAAAGAAGACGAGAUGCCGCCCGCACUGUCCGAGAACCGAGUAGGGAGGGUGUCGUCACCGACCAGCCGACUGUCUUCCACCAGCCCUUCCCUUUUACUACGAACACCUAUUGGAGCGAAGAGAUUGCCCUAGGGCCGGGCCCUCCAUCACGAAGAAACAGAAACGGUGCCAGUCGCACCGGAAGUCAGCGCAACCUAUCGUCUCCUGUACCACCAGCACAUCCAGCGGAGACUCCCGACACCUUGCCGAGCGCCAAGAAGGACAAGGAGCCUCUCAAGAAUUCCAUCGGCGAUGCUUGGAAUAGAAUUCGAUAUCAGCGCGAAGACGAGGUUCUAUGGGGAUUGGAAUUAAAAGGGUCAUCUAUUGGAUUAUCUGGUCGCGGUCGGGGCGCUUCGGACGAAGACCGGUCGUCAAAGUACUAUAUUGCACGAAAUCCCGAAGUGAACGACUUACACCCGCCCGUUGCCUGUGGCCCUCGAAGUAAAACAGAAACAAAAUGGAUGCGACAGCCGCCCCCGAGCGCGAAGGUUAUGGCAGGAAAAGUGAGGUCAGACACUGUACGGGAACAUCGGAGGACAAGUGGCCGAAAUCGUGCUUUGGCAAAUCUCGAUUUGCUGGAAGACGACGAACCGCCGAAUAAUGUGACAUUCACCUCGCCCGUUUAUGACUCGCAAAUCCCUCGACAUUCAACACUGGCGGACAAGAAAAAACCCGUCCGUCGACCCCGCGAUUCCUCUUCUCCAAGCCCACCCUCAAAAGACUCGUCUCGCUUAAACUCCCACUCCCGUGCCUCCCGCAAACCACUUUCAACCAUCUCCUCCGGCUCUAACCUUGUACCUUCCUCCGAAAAUCUCGAAUCACUCUCCCGAUCCAGCUCACCCCUAUCCCGGCAACUUGACCCUAUAAGACCACCACCCCCAGUCUUACUCCGCAAAACCGCAACUACCCAUGCCGAAGAUCGGCCUUCGACGAACGGAACAACUGACAGUGGAAAGGCCUUCCACCUUCGAAGCCCCCUGCCAUCGAAAUGGGGGAAUCAUACUCCCACCAACACCCAUAAUAACAACCACAUUAAGUCGCAUCUUGGCUUGAGCCUUCACUUCGCCCUUGACGAUUCAAGCGAUGAAUAUAGCGAUUUCGACGACCUAAAACAUGUUCGGCCUUAUCGGUGGAGUAUGGAUAUAUAA